CCCUGGGAGGUUCCUCUGCACUACACAUCCCAGCAUUCCCUAGUGGAGAUUGCCUCAUCGACUAUGUACCUCAAGUGUGCCAGCUCCUCACCAACAAGGUAUGACAGAAUAUUUGGUGACUGCAUUCAUGUCCACUGAUAAUGAAAAAAAUAUAUUUGUGUUCAAUCAGCUGGAGUAGAGGUGCUGCUUAAAUUAAGCCAAUGCUAAGUGUAGGUGAAAGGCAUGUCAUUAUAUAUUUUAUAAAAAAUAUAUUUAGACUUUAUUCAGAUAAAGAUGUAAAAAACUGUGACAUUUCGGUCUGCAAAAAACUUGUAUCUGGGUAGUGUUAUUGAUGAGAUAAAAUAAUUUGCCCCCCUUUGAAACAAAAUACCCCCCAGCUGAUCAUUGUCUGGCGCCGGCUCUAGUAUACUGGCCGACCUCCACAGUCUGUCUCUGCGCUCGCUAGGAGUUGAGAGGGAGAGACGGAACAUUGACACACUGCUAUGUCACUACCUCCAGGGUGGGCCCCGUUAUCCCCCCUCUCCCCCUUCUCCCUCACCUUGACACUGGCCAGCAUACUCAGGGAGACGCUACCGCUGUCCCCAGUCAACCCCCAGCCAGCCCCUGGUUGUCCGAGCCAAGACCCAGCUACAGUGGUGUGAGAUCCCCAGGGGCGCCUCACCUCAUCUGGGGUCAAUGAGGGCAGAGGUGUGUAGGGGGAUGAUAUGGAGAAUGGGUGUGGAUUAACACUUUGACCAAACCAUCCGUGCGUCCACGUGGGCCAUCGUGUGCAUGUUGAUUUUGUCUAUCCACACCAGAUGUGAUCUUGACACACAGGUUAAAAAUAACAGAACCAACUAUAUUAAUUUGGGGGCAGGUCAAAACACACAUGAAACAUUCAUGGACAUUUGUAGCUUGCUGUUGCUAUAGUUUGUCCUGGGAGAUAAACAUUGGGUUGUCAUUUUACCUUCAAUGCAUAUGGUCCUUUCUUUAGCUGGAUAUUUGUAGAAUUUUGACCCAGAGUCAUACAAAUCAUGUGUUUCUCUACUCCGAUGAUUCAUCCACAGAUAAAAGGGGAAACCGAGUUAGUUUUUAGUUAGUUAUCUUUGAUUAAUCUCUCCUCGUUCAUCUUUCAAGCACCCACGUGGGUUUGUAUGCUCAUGAAAACCAGUGGGUAGAUGGGAGAGGCGGGACUUGCUAAUUUAUAUUUUAGCGUUUGGCAACACAGACGCUUGUUGACACGCGCAAGCAGUGUGGAUGAAAUGAUUGAAUAACAUGUACGCGUUAAUUUAUUUUGCAACACUCGCGCAUGCAACGUGGCCGGUUUGGUUUCCCUGUAAGGGAGAAGAAAAGAGCAGCACAACAGGGUGGAGAGAGAGAGAGAGAGAGGGGGAGGGAGGGAGGGAGGGAGGGAGAGGGAGAGGGAGAAAGAUAAAGAUGUUACUCCAUCAAAUAGGAGCAGAAAGGAUGUGUGUAAGCACAAUGAAAAGCAUCCAACUGCUUUUCCCCACAAAACAGGAUUUCAAGUAUUAAUUGAGUGUUUUGAUGAAUAGAAAAUAAAUAAAAUCUGCAUAUCGAUAGACUUGGAGCACGUGCUUCGUAUAAAAAAAAGUGUACUCUGCACACUGCAUUAUACUCCCAUGUGAAUUGAUUAGACAACGUUUAGACCACCUGGUCUUCAUCAGGCUCCCAUUGGACCGGAUUUUGUUCAAUUGUAAUGUGAAGGAAGAAAGAACUGUAUCUUUUACCUGGCCAGUCACAGACUAACUUGAACCAAAACCCAAACAACACAUGAUAAUUUGUUGGAUGAAAUUCCAUUCGGGGACAAGCUUUCACAAUGAAGCAUACUAAAGGUGGGCUGUACUACAUGAAUCAGUCAGACCUCGAAAUGUAAUAGCAUGUUAUUUAGGUCAUUUUAGUCACCUAUUCUUCCAUUGAAUCAGUAUUUAGAGCACAACUGACAUCUGUGUCACCUUUGCUGAUGCAAUGCUGAAUAUGUCUGAGCCAUUCUUGUGAAACAUACUGUAGAGAUUGUGUUGAUGGAAGAGCUGACACAUUAUGAAAAGCAAAACCUCAGGUUGUGUGUGUGUGUAAGAGAGAGAGAGAGAGAAAUGAGGUGAAUGAGGAUUGUUCCACAUUACUACAGGAAACACUUCCGGACACAUUGCAUAAUGCCCUCCAGGGGCAUGUACACAUACUCACGCCGGAAGCGGAGGCGGCGCGUCCUGGGUGCAGUCACAUUGAAUACCUGCGGCAUGAUCUUACCUUUCUGUCAUUGGUUAGACUACCACACAGCCAAUAGGAAUGCUGGAUUCCCCGUUAUCAUGCAAGGGAGGGCAGAUUUAGAGUGGGAGAUCAUCUCUCAGUAUGUGUUUAAGUUCAGUGAUCCAUAAUUCCGCACACACACCCUGCUGUGACUAAAUAAACACACUCUCUUUACAGACAGUGUGCCCUUGCUGCUUUUCAGAGAGCUGUGACUACCUCCCACUUGGUCCUACGUAAAAAAAAAAAACGAAUAGACUUGAAUAGGGGUGUCUGAGUCACUGUGUGUAGUGUGUACUGCCCUACCAAGCAAAAAGGCAUUAAGUGCUCAUAGUGUGGAACUGAGAAAAAUUGCUUCAAAGUUUUUUAAUUGUCCAGCCAAAUGAAUUCUAGGGAGAUCAUUGGAAAUGUAGUGAGCUGUUGCUUACUAUGAGUAAAUGUUUUAUUCAUGUUGACCCUGACCUCUGACAUGACCUUUGACACUUAAACGGCAGUUAAUGCCUUCUUUCUUGUCAUGAUAUGUUACAAAUUGCAGGUUAAUACCAAAGCAAAGAGCAGUGUAAUUACUGACAGUGUAACAGAGUUGAAACUGUGUCUUCCACUAAGAUACCAGUUGCAUUUACAUGGAGAUGUAGGUUCUGCGUCAGUCACAUGACAUACUGUGUUUUACAAGUAUCCCAUGUCUUGUUAUAAGAAUAAUUGUGAAAAGCAGCACUGCAAUUGUUUGAAUUACAUUAAAUGAUGACCUAUCUUGUAAUAUAUAAUGAUGUAUUGGAGCAUGAUAGAAGUAUGACGUAGGGUAAUACUAAUUAUACCAAAUUACCAUGAGAUUGCAAAUUAAAUUAUUUGUAUUUUCGUUUUAUUUUAUGACAUUGACAUAGACAAUUUUGAAUAAAUAACAGCUUUAAGAAUGAAUUUUUAACAUAUUUACAUGUUCAUAUUCAUAAGAGGACACAAAUGACAUGUAGCUACAAUUGAUAAAAUGCUGAAUAGUUACAUUUCAUUUUUUAAGUAUCAUUUUCAUUUCAUUUUUAAGUAAAACUUAUUCAGUGCUCUUCCAUAUCACUCCUCAUCCUCAGCAAUGCUGUUCACAGCCAAGGCAUUCCAGAACUGCCUUUGAUUUGCAGGCAUCAGAGGACACAGCUUGGUGAUGAUGUCCAUGUUCUUGGACUCUUAUAGCCCUAUUGCUUAUUUAGAUUGGAUGGAUGGACAUUGACAGGAAUAAAACCUAGUAUUGACCUGGUUGUACAGUCCUAAUGCACCUUCACAUGGCAACUUUGAUCCCCAUAGAUACUAUAAUCAUAUAUGCCACAGGGAUUGGUGGAAGUCAUUUUGGCAAAACAGUUUCUUCCCGCAUUCAUGUAAUGAUGGCACAGAAGCAGACACAUUGAGCACACAUUUGGCAUGCCAAAGAUUGUUGUGCUAAUUACAUACGCCACCACCAAAGGUGAUGGAUAUAAUUUUGGAUUUUAACUUUCCUGACCGGGACAAUCACUCAAUACUGGAAUAUAAAAGAAAACCAGAAACCCUGGACAUGUGAGUAGAUAUAUUAUUAAUGAGGUAGCAAUGCUGUGUGUGUGCUCAACUGGAAAACGAGCGUGCGUGGCUUUUGACAAUUCAGUAACGUUAUGGGGUGCACGUCUGACUGACUGUCAGCUGGCUAGAGAUCGUGUGUGUGGUGUAACAUUACUGAUUCAAAUAACCCAUGGAAUGUCCGAAUACAAUUAUAGGGAUUAUAUUCUUUAUAGGGAUAAUAGAUUGAAGCUAGUAUAAAUUGCUGAUCGCCUCUUAUGGAAGCAGGUAGCACAAAUCUAUUGCUUCAUGCUAAUGCUAGCUAGGUAGGUUUUUACAUUUUGUUAGGGGCGUGUCAGUUCUAGCUAGGUGGCUGUCACUGGCUAGAAAUCGUGUGUGUGGUGUACUGAUUCAAAGAAACCAGCAAAUGAAAUUAGAAUAUCAUUCAUUAUAGGGUUAAUAGAUUGAAGUUAGUAUCAAUUGCAGAUCUCCUCUUAUGGGAGCCGGUAGCAUUGUAAGUCUAUGCUCGCUAGCUAGCUAGCUAGCUAAUUAAUUAUGUUCUCAGAUCUACUUAGCUAGCUAGUUCUUACCAGUGUCUGCGUGUCGGCGUUUCAGAGCACGUUCAACCAUCAUUUCCCCCGGGAAUGCUGAGCCAUGAUGUUGUGUCCCUAGAUUAGCAAUGUAUGUGUGUGUAGCUGUCAGUCAGUGUCAUACAGGUUUGAUUGUAUCACUAUCAGAAUAAAAUGAUAUGAUACCAAGGUAAAAGGCAGUAACUGCAGCCAAGGGCAGGUUAAACCCAAGCUAAAAGGCAGUAAGUUAUGUUACUGCCAUUUACCUUGGUUUCACAGUAACUUUUUGCAGUUACUGCUAAUAUGACCCCCAUUUUCUCCAAAACACAAUACAAUACAGGCAGGAUACUUGUCCACAUGCUUAAGCAUGUAUUUAAUGUAGCAAAAAUGACAUUAACUCAUUUUCGACCAAAUGAGCAGUUACUGCCUUUUUGCUUGGUAGGGCAGUGUAUCCCAGCAGGAGGUGUGUGUGCGUGCGUGCGUGCGUGUGAGUGUGCGCGUGGCAGAGUCACCCUCACCGAGACAAGGCUCCCAAUGCAUCAGGAAACACAGGCAUUUAUUCAUAAACCCUUUGUGAAUUAAUACUAUGUUUGUAUUCAUGAAUAACCAUAACCACAACCAUAGGUGAUAUAAUGAAAUCACCAGCAACACAUACAUAUUGUAAUCCAUGGUUAAGAUUGGAAUUGGAGGAAAACAAGCUUAUGGUAAGGGGCAAUUUCCCCCUCUGAGCAUGCUUAUAUACUUUACUAAUAACAACUAAUUUUUGAUGCAGAAUACCCAUGUGUUGACUGGACUAUGCUAUUUUUGCGAUUGAGAGUUGGGGAUUUAGGUCUGGGGCUAUAAGGAGGUUAGAGUGCGGUCACCGCAGGCUCUCUCCGCUUCCCAGGACGGUCAAUAGUCGACCGAGCCUGGAGUGUCCCUGCUAGGCACACACCAGCAACCGCAACUCAGAGCUACCAACACACUACAACAGUCUGGUUUGUGUGUGUGUGGGAUGGUGGGUGGGUGGGUGGGUGCGCUUCAUGCCUAUCAGAGUCAGUAAGGAGUCAUCAGUUUGGUGACUGACCCCAAGUGUAAACGCAUUCUCCGAUAUGCUUUGAGUUUGACAGAGUUUCGAUAAGUGCAGUCAUUAAAAACCCUGCCGUAUUAAGUUGAAGAGUAUCGAUUGAUGCUUUAAUGAUAUGGUCUCUCGUCUUCUUGAGAGGCCGGAUACAUAAAUUAUCAGAAUAGAUUUUUGCAUCAAAGCAGCAAAAUCCAUGUGUACCAACCAGGGUUAACCGGGGUGAAUUUGAACUCAAGUCACUCAAUUGAGGAAGCGAUCUGUGUCUAUUUUGUCAACAUUUUGGUGCACAAAAUCAAAUAUUAAGGAAGUCUCAAGCUUUUGCUCACCUGAGGUAGAGUAUCUCAUGAUAAGCUGUAGACCACAUUAUUUACCAAGAGAGUUUUCAUCUAUAUUUUUCGUAACUGUCUAUUUACCACCACAAACCGAUACUGGCACUAAGACCGCACUCAACAAGCUGUAUAAAGCCAUAAGCAAACAAGAAAAUGCUCAUCCAGAGGUGGCGCUCCUAGUGUCCGGGGACUUUAAUGCAGGGAAACAACUUAAAUCCAUUUUACCUAAUUUCUACAAGCAUGUUACAUGUGUGACAAGAGGGGAAAAAAACUCUAGACCACCUUUACUCCACAUACAGAGACACGUCAAAGCUCUCCCUCGCCCUCCAUUUGGCAAAUCUGACCAUAAUUCUAUCCUCCUGAUUCCUGCUUACAAGCAAAAACUAAAGCAGGAAGUACCAGUGACUGGCUCAAUAGGGAAAUGGUCAGAUGACGCAGAUGCUAAGCUACAGGACUGUUUUGCUAGCACAGACUGGAAUAUGUUCCGGGACUCAUCCGAUGGCAUUGAGUAUACCACAUCAGUCACCGGCUUCAUCAAUAAGUGCAUCGAUGACGUUGUCCCCACAGUGACCGUAUGUACAUACCCCAACCAGAAGCCAUGGAUUAUAGGCAACAUCCGCAGUGAGCUAAAGGGUAGAGCUGCCGCUUUCAAGGAGCGGGACUCUAACCCGGAUGCUUAUAAGAAAUCCCGCCAUGCCCUCAGACGAACCAUCAAACAGGCAAAGCAUAAAUACAGGACUAAGAUUGAAUCCUACCUAACAGGCCACAACGCUCGUCGGAUGUAGCAGGGCUUGCAAACUACUACGGACUACAAAGGGAAGCCCUGCCGCGAGCUGCCCAGUAACACAAGCCUACCAAAUGAGCUAAAUGACUUCUAUGCGCGCUUCGAGGAGAGCACCAGCUGUUCCGGAUGACUGUGUGAUCACGGUCGCCGUAGCCGAUGUGAGUAAGACCUUUAAACAGGUCAACAUUCACAAGGCCGCAGGGCCAGACGGAUUACCAGGACGUGUACUCCGAGCAUGCGCUGACCAACUGGCAAGUGAGUUCACUGACAUUUUCAACCUGACCCUGGCCGAGUCUGCAAUACCUACAUGUUUCAAGCAGACCACCAUAGUCCCUGUGCCCAAGAACACCAAGGUAACCUGCCUAAAUGACUACCGACCCAUAGCACUCACGUCUGUAGCCAUGAAGUGCUUUGAAAGGCUGGUCAUGGCUCACAUCAACACCAUCAUCCCAGAAACCCUAGACUCACUCCAAUUUGCAUACCGCCCCAACAGAUCCACAGUUGAUGCAAUCUCUAUUGCACUCAACAAUGCCCUUUCCCACCUGGACAAAAGGAACACCUACGUGAGAAUGCUGUUCAUUGACUACAGCUCAGCGUUCAACACCAUAGUGCCCUCAAAGCUCAUCACUAAGCUAAGGACCCUGGGACUAAACACUUCCCUCUGCAACUGGAUCCUGGACUUCCUGACGGGCCGCCCCCAGGUGGUAAGAGUAGACAACAACACAUCUGCCACGCUGAUCCUCAACACGGGGGCCCCUCAGGGGUGCAUGCUUAGUCCCCUCCUGUACUCCCUGUUCACCCAUGACUGCGUGGCCAAGCACGACUCCAACACCAUCAUUAAGUUUGCCAACGACACAACGGUGGUAGGCCUGAUCACCGACAACGAUGAGACAGCCUAUAGGGAGGAGGUCAGAGACCUGGAAGUGUGGUGCCAGGACAACAACCUCUCCCUCAACGUGAUCAAGACAAAGGAAAUUAUCUUGGACUACAGGAAAUGGAGGGCUGAGCACGCCCCCAUUCUCAUCGACGGGGCUGUAGUGGAGCAGGUUGAGAGCUUCAAGUUCCUUGGUGUCCACCUCACCAACAAACUAUCAUGGUCCAAACACACCAAGACAGUCGUGAAGAGGGCACAACAACGUCUAUUUCCCCUCAGGAGACUGAAAAGAUUUGGCAUGGGUCCUCAGAUCCUCAAAAGGUUCUACAUCUGCACUAUCGAGAGCAUCCUGACUGGUUGCAUCACCGCCUGGUAUGGCAACUGCUCGGCCUCCAACCUCAAGGCGCUACAGAGGGUAGUGCGUACUACCCAGUACAUCACUGGGUUCAAGCUCACGGCCAUCCAGGACCUCUAUACCAGGCGAUGUCAGAGGAAGGCCUUAAAAAUUGUCAAAGACUCCAGCCACCCUACUCAUAGACUGUUCUCUCUGCUACCGCAUGGCAAGCGGUACCGGAGCGCCAAGUCUAGGUCCAAAAGGGUUCUGAACAACUUGUACCCCUAAGCAAUAAGACUUCUGAACAUCUAAUCAAAUCGCUACCCGGACUAUUUGCAUUGACCCCCCACUGCUACUCGCUAUUAUCUAUUAUCUAUGCAUAGUCACUUUACACCUACCUACAUGUACAUAUUACCUAAAUUACCUCGACUAAGCUGUACCCGCGCGAUUCGGUACCGGUACCCCCUGUAUAUAGCCUCGUUAUUCUUAUUUUAUUGUUGCUGUUUUAUUUUUUACUUUAGUUUAUUUCGUAAUUUGUAAAAAAAUAAAAUGGUGCUAAUUUUUCUUAACUGCAUUGUUGGUUAAGGGCUUGCAAGUAAGCUUUUCACGGUAUUCGGCGCAUGUGCCAAAUACAAUUUGAUUUGAUUAGAAAUUAAAUUGCUUUUUAUUUUCCGUUUAUUAGUUUGGCUUUUCAGGAUGCCAACCCAAAAAGUAACCUUUUACUAUUGUACUGUUCUGUUUCAGAUGGUAUUUGCUGGUAACUGGUAAUCACUUAGGUAUUUCUCUCCCACUCUCUCUUUUGUGCUCCCUCCCUGUUCUCAGGUGCAGUAUGUCAUUCAAGGCUACCACAAGAGGAGAGAGUACAUUGCUGCCUUUCUCAGUCACUUUGGAAUGUGAGUCUGGUGUCAUGUGUGUGUGUGUUUGUGUGUGUGUAUGCGAGAAGAGAGCGAAGGGCAAGGAAACGUGUGUGUGUUUGUGGGAGCAAGCACAUCUGUAACAUUGUAUUUGAUUAUUAUGGUGCAUGUGGGCACAUUACAGUGUCUAUGUAAAAAAGGUUUGCCAAUGUGUGUGUGCUUUAUGCAGGGGGGUGGUGGAGUACGAUGCAGAAGGAUUCACCAAGCUCACUCUUCUCCUCAUGUGGAAAGACUUCUGUUUCCUUGAGUUACACACACACAAGCACACACACGCACACCUCUUCCUUUCUUUCUCACUAUCUCUCCCUCCCCCAACUCUCUUUUUCUCCCUUUCUCUAUCUCUCUCUCGCCCUCUCUCCCCUCUCCUCCUCCAGUGGACCUCCCUCUGUACUUCCCGCGGGACCAGCCCACCCUGACAUUCCAGUCUGUGUACCACUUCACCAACAGUGGGCAGCUCUACUGGCAGGUGCAAAAGUCCUACCCUUACAGCCCGCGAUGGGAUGGCAACGAGAUGGCCAAAAGAGCCAAGUAAGGCAAGACACUAUACCGGACAGAUGUAGGGUGAAGUUGCCCCUAGAUGCUGAUCUUGAAUCAGUUUUGAAUCAGGUUAGGAUUGGGGGAGGGGGAGGGGAAGCUGAUCCUAGAUCUGUACCUCGGGGAAACAUCACCCGUAGCAUACUGGACAACAAUGACUAUUUGACCCACUAUGCUGAACAAAAAUGACAAUUUGAGCUACUAUACCGUACAAUAAUUACUUAUAAUUAAGCAAUAAAGCCAGAGGGGGUGUGGUAUAUGGCCAAUAUGCCACGGCUAAGGGCUGUUCUUAUGCACGACGCAACGCAGAGUGCUAGGUUACCAACAUAAUUAGAGCAGUAAAAAUAAAUGUUUUGUCAUACCCAUGGUAUACGGUCUGAUAUACCACGGCUUCCAACCAAUCAGCAUUCAGGGCUUGAACCCCCUAGUUUAUAAUUACCCAUAAUACAGGAUGAUAAUGAUUCAAAUCUAAGUUAUUUGUUUUAAGUCAUGUAAUCUAAUCGACUAGCUAGCACAAAACUAGAACCUGCUGCCAUCUUUGGACCAGGUCUCCCUUGCAAAAUAGAUUUUAUCUCAAUUAAACUUAUCUGGAUUUAUAAUGGUAUCAUGGAAAGCAAAAAAAUCCCUGUCAUACUAAUAAUCACAAUAAAAGUAUGGACACCGAAUCAUCGAAAAUACAUAUCACUACUCACACUAUGGUGAAGAUUUAUAUGGCAAAAAUAUGUGAGAUGAUUUAUAGAUGUAUGGCUCUCCAAAAUUGUAUUUACUUUACCAUUUUUCUAUUUAACAAGAACCUGUUGACCCUGUUUGUGAAUGAUUUGGCUUUAUCUCUAGCUUUGACCAUGUUUACUUAGCACAGCAAAGGAGUGCUUAACUGUAACAGCUGAGUUUUUGUCCUAAAGUUGAUAGUUAGAUGGAAUUUUCUUUGUAUACAUCGCUGGUCUCCAAGGAAAGACAGUAUCCUAUCUCUGUUUUGCUGACAACUAGUUUUCAGUCUUAGUUUGGCACUGUGGAGGGCCCAAAAUAUGCAAACAUUCCAAAUGCCUGGGAUUCCAACCUAUCAGCUACUGCUUUAGAACUGAGAAAAGUGUAUAUUCUCGGCUACCUGACCUGGAGUGAACCUCGCCCUUGAAAACACACACGCACGCACGCACACACACACACACUCGUAUCAAAAAACACUGUUUGGGAUUGUUGACAGCUCUAAGUGAAUGUACCUUGUCUUUCCAUUGUAUUUUUUGUCUUGGUUUUUCUUUUAGUUUUACUUUCUUGCUUGCUUGCUCUUCACAAUUUGUCAUUUCCUGUUAGGAACAUUGAACUUUGAGAUAAUCAGAAGUAGCCAUCUGUCACUGUCUCGAUUUCACAGUGGUAAGUUGUUUAGAUUAUACUCAGCAUACCAGGAGAGAACAUUCUACUGCUGAAAGCACAAAUUGGUGCUGUGCUUUUAUGGUCAGAUAAGAACUGUAGUACUCCCAGUAAAUCUGUCUGUCUAAAUUACUUUUAAUUGGUAUCUUUCUUUCUCUCUCACACUCUCUCUCUCUCUCUCCACAGAGCAUACUUCAAGAGCUUCAUUCCUCAAUUUCAGGAAGGGGCCUUUGCCACUGGGAAACUCUAG